ACGAGACUUUCCACCAACGGAUAUAAAAGGUAAACAAGCACAAACAUGUUAUAAUUGUGGAGGGACGUACCCCCACCAAGGCAGGCCCUGCCCCGCUGCAGGCAAGACCUGUCAUAAUUGCUCAAAAACUGGACAUUUCUAUCGAGUUUGUAAGUCUGAACAAAAACCAAUCUCUCGAAAACCUCGAAUGCCUCAGGACCAAUAUAAAUCGAAGGCAAACAAGUUGAAUGCUUUGAACCAAAAUCGGCAACAGCAACCACUCUCUGCUGAGCCAACAGUACAAGGUGAACCGGAAGUAAGCGACAGUGAUAGCAAUGAGGAUAUAUUUGCUGUUUCGAGAGCCAAGAAAGUGAAGCAACCACCCAUGACAAAACUCAAAAUUAAUGGGGUGAAAGUAGAGUUUUUGAUUGACACCGGAGCUUCAUGUUAA